GCGUUAGAUAAGUCUGUGCUUCCGCUACACACACGUACACACACACACACACACAUAUACACGUGUGUGAGGAAAGUGUUGACGAAAGCUUCCCCGGUCCCUCCUGACUCUCUUCAAACAUAGUUCCUGCUACAAGCUUCAGUCUCUGAAGUGGUGCUGUCAGGACAUCUGUCCCAUCGAGACAUCUGUCACCGAGCCUCACUCUUCGCAUAAACUUGCCUCUGAUGGCUGAAACAGAGUCUGUGCCUCUCCCGGUUGGAGAGAAAAGAAGCUGUCCAGAGAAUGAAGAAGACAAGCCAUCAAAGAAACCCAGAGUAGAGAGUGAUCACAAAAACGGUGGGCCUUCUCAUGAUGAGGUGGAGGAGGAAGAGGUCGAGGGCGGAGCCAGCGACAGAGAAGAGGAUGGGGAGACCUUUGCUGAUAUGAUGAAGCAUGGUCUCACUGAGGUGGAUGUGGGCAUCCUGAAGUAUGUCAGUGACCAUGAGGGUUUUUCUGGCAUCCUAAAAGAAAGAUAUUCUGAUUUUGUGGUGCACGAAAUCAACAAACAAGGCAAAGUAGUGCAUUUAGAUGACCUUUCUAUUCCAGCAGAGGUUGAGGAAGUCCCAGAGGCUGAGCCGCAACCAAAGGAAUCUGAUGUACUGACUGAAGACCAGAAAAAGCAGCUCGGAGAACUGCAACUCUUUAAGAAUAAAGAGGGCAAUGUCUCUAUUGAGGUGAUGGAUGAUACAAAAGAGAAGAGGACACUGGUCCAUAAAGCUAUCAAGACUCAAUUUGCAGGUCUGGAAACAAAGACAGAAGAGAAGGAAGGACGCAAGUUCAUAGUGGCAUAUCAUGCUGCUGGGAAAAAAGCACUGGCAGAAGUCAAAAGCACUGCAGCUCCAAGGAAACACUUUUGGCCUAAAAACCGUGGCAGCUUUUGCCACUUUGUCCUGUACAAGGAAAAUAAAGACACCAUGGAUGCCAUUAAUGUGCUGUCAAAAUUCCUCAGGCUCCGACCCAACAUGUUUUCCUACAUGGGAACCAAGGACAAGAGAGCCAUCACUGUGCAGGAGAUUGCUGUGCUCAAGAUCACAGCGGAAAGAUUGUCUCAUCUCAACAAGUGCCUCAUGAACCUCAAGCUGGGGAAUUUCUGCUACAAAAACCACCCCUUAAAGUUGGGUGAGCUGCAAGGAAACCAUUUCACUGUGGUCAUCAGGAACAUCUCAGGAACAGACGAGCAGGUCCAUCGGGCCAUGACGUCCCUCAAGCAGACAGGUUUCAUCAACUAUUUUGGCAUGCAGCGAUUCGGGACUACAGCUGUUUCUACACAACAAGUUGGCAGGGCCAUUUUGAAAAAUGACUGGAAUCAAGUGGUUGAUUUGAUUCUGAAGCCCCGUCCCGGAGCAGAGAAAGAAUUCCUGGUCCGCUGCAGGGAGGAGUGGGCAAAGACUCAGGACCCAGAGGCAGCCUUGAAAAAGCUGCCCAACAAACGCUGUGUGGAGGGACAGCUACUGCGAGGACUGUCGAUGUAUGGCAAAACCAACAUCGUCACUGCCUUUGCACUGAUUCCCCGAAACAACCGCCUGAUGUACGUCCACAGUUACCAGAGCCUGGUGUGGAACACUAUGGUGAGCCGCAGAAUUGAAGCCUUUGGCCUGAAACCUGUGGAGGGAGACUUGGUUCUUAAAGGAACCACAGCACAUGUGCUGUCUGCAGAAGAGGCAGAGAGUCGCAGCAUCCAUGAUAUUGUGAUGCCUCUUCCAGGGUUUGACGUCAUUUAUCCCACCCACCAUGUGGGUGAAGGUUACAGAGACAUGCUGUCUGCAGACGGGCUGGACAUCGACAAAAUGAGACACAAAGUGAAGGACUACUCUCUGGCUGGAGCUUACAGACGAGUUGUCAUCAGACCCAGUGAUGUUAGCUGGGAGGUGACUCAGUAUGAUGACCCCAGGAUCUCACUGGUACACACCGAUUUUGAGAAACUGGAGAACAAACCUGGUCCUGUCUUCAACAAAGAGGGGAAGCACCGGGCUCUACGGAUGGAGUUCUCUCUUCCUCCUUCAACCUAUGCUACUAUGGCAAUCCGAGAGGUCCUCAAGUUGGACACAAGCAUCAAAAAACAGACGCAGCUUAACACCACCUGGUUCAACUGAGAGACCAAAGCACACUGGUAUCAACAGGACUGCUACGGCAGACUGCAAAAUACCGGUCUCCUGUGGCUACUUACUGUUGUGUGUG